AUAUAUUUCUAUAUAUUUACGUAUGUAUUUUCAACCGGAUUCCACGAUCCCUGCUGCUCGGGUGGGGGUCAAGCUCCUCAAGCCCCGAACCCCGCUGUGCCCCCACCUCGGCUCUGAUAACCCCUCGCCCUGCGGGGUCCCGCUGCCCCACACAUGGGGGGCCCCGCUCAGGAGGAGAAGCCUCGCACUUCCCCUGGAAGCCAACGCUGCUAGCAUUGAUUUGAAAGAAAACAACCAGGGUUCUUUUCCCCCACCCCCCCGCCCCACCCCGGUUACCCAACAGCUUCUUGCAGCUGACGAGGUGCCUGGCGGAGCGGUCAGGUUUGUGCCGCGCUCUUGCAGUGGCUUGGAAGGUUUCCCUGCCACUGGGCCUGGCUUCUUCAGAUGAAGAAACCAACCAGAAAAACAACAUCCCAUGGCUUCGCCUGCCCCCGUGCCGCCCUCGCUCGUGCCCUAACCUACACCCGAGACCGUUAACACCCCCCGCCGCCAUGCCGCUGUCGCAGAGCAGGGCCGGGCCGGUGCCGUGCAGCAGCAAAGCGUGCAGGAGCCUCUUUGGCCCCGUGGACCACGAGCAGCUCCAGAACGACUUCAAGGAGCUGCUGAGGCAGCAGCUGGAGGAAGCUCAGCGGCGCUGGAACUUCGACUUCGAGACCGAGACGCCCCUGGAAGGGCGCUUCAAGUGGGAGCGGGUCCCGCUGGCCGAGCAGCCUUCCCGCGAGCUCUGCGCCCUGGCCAAGGCCACCGGCGGCGGUGACGGCAGGAGCUCAGCGCCCCGCAGGGUCCCCCCCAAGGGCGCUGUCAGCGGGGCUCGCCAUGGGGCGUCGCAGCAGAGCUCGGAGCUCACCAGGGCCGCUUCUCCGCAGCACUUGAAACGUGGGCAGCCCACUGUCAAAGACUUCUACAGCUCCAAGAGGAGAGUUGUCCAUGACAAGCCCAAGCUGUGACCGCUGCUGCUGGGGACGGACGCUGACGCUGACGUGCCCUGGGGGCGUCGUGGCUCUUCCCCUGCCCUGUACUGUGUAAGCUGUCUGUACGAAGCGAUGCUGAGUCUGUAGUUCCCUAUUUAUGAGUAGCUCCGGGGUCCUGAGGGGCCCCCGCUGUGUGCAAUGUGUAGGAGGAGCCCAUGUUGAAGACCAUGGGAGGGACUGAGGAGGACAGGAAUGGGGCAAGUGGGGCUGAGUGUGCCCGUGGCCCGGCGCCGUCCUUGGAGCAUCGUGGUGGCCAGCUGUGUCCUGUCCCUGCCCGCUGCCCGGCCAUGGAGGACGCUGAGUCCCAGCAGCCCCAGAGUCUCACUGGUGUGGAUCACGGCUGGGCAUGGGCCCUGCGUGGAGCUGCUCCCAGUGACUCAGCGAUGCUAUCGAUGGGCAGCGCAGUGGUGACCAACGUGCUGAAGGUGCCUCGUGGGGCCGGUGCUGCUCCGGGCUCUGUUGCCCCAUGGCUGGCGGGGUUCCUGCCGUGGUGUUGGCUCGCUGUGCCUCGUUCAAUGCUGACACUAAGCUGGAUGGAGAGCUGCUGCUUGGCGCUGCCGGGCUGCUCGAGGGGUGGAGUGCUGCUCAGCAGCAGCUGGAAGAAGUGACAGCCUUCUCCUGGACUGUUUCCUACUUUGGAGCUGGGGGAGAGGACCCCGGCCUGGCCCUGCAGGGCAGCUGCUGUUGUGCCUGUGACCCAGGCACGUCCUGCAGGACGCGGCCCUGCUCUCGAGGCUCUCGGUGCUGUUGGGUCUCAGCACUUUCACUGGGUUCCCCUCCUGCUGCCCUGCUCUGGGACUCGAAGCGCUGCGGGGGGGUCCCGGGCAGAGGAGGUGGGCGCUGCUCCCAGCUCAUUCCGUGAUGCACUUUGCUGUCAGAGACGCUGGCGAGUUCCCAGCACUCAAUGUUUAUUUAUGAAAACGCUACCGAGGCUUCUUGGAAGGGGAAAUACCUGUUUGUCUGCGAGUGUAACCGAAUAAACACUUGUCUAAUGUAA